AUGGCCCUUCUGACACACCUGCUGGUCUGCGCCUUUGGGAUGGGCUCCUGGGUGGCCAUCAACGGGCUCUGGGUAGAGCUGCCCCUACUGGUGCUGGAGCUGCCUGAGGGCUGGUACCUGCCCUCCUACCUCACAGUGAUCAUCCAGCUGGCUAACGUGGGCCCCCUCAUCUUCACCCUGCUCCACCACUUCCGGCCCGGCUGCCUUUCCGAGGUGCCCAUCAUCUUCGCCGUGCUGGGCGUGGGCACCGUGGCCUGCACCCUCUUGGCCUUCUUCUGGAAUGUCACCUGGGUGCAGGGCAGCCCCCACAGCAUCACCUUCAUGGUCCUCACCUUCUUCCUGGCCCUGGUGGACUGCACCUCCUCCGUCACCUUCCUGCCCUUCAUGAGCCAGCUGUCCGCCCACUACCUCACCACCUACUUUGUGGGGGAAGGACUCAGCGGCCUCCUACCUGCGCUGGUGGCUCUCGCCCAGGGCUCGGGUCUCACCACCUGCGUCAAUGUCACUGAGACGCCUAACAGCACCUCAAGUGUUACCACCACCAGGAAGGCCGACAUCCCACAGCAUUCCGGCGCGGUGACACCACUGUCCACAUCUGGAGGCAUCCGUGCCCACUGCUAG